UUCUUUCACUACUACCAUCAACCAACCGGCCGACGCGAGAGAGCCAGAAUGUCUCAUCAAACCGGCAUCCAAGCUACCGGGGAAGUGAAAGAAAUCUUUGCGAAGGCCCGGAAUGGAGAAUAUCGGCUCAUCAAAGUAGUGAUUGAGAAUGAGAAGUUAGUUCUUGGCGGAAGCAAACGAGCUGCUAAGAAAUGGGACCAGGAAUGGGACGGCUGCGUUCUGCCCCUUGUGGAGGACGACAUGCCCUCGUACCUCCUCUUCAGGCUGGACACCACCAACAACCAGGGCUACGAGUGGGUCUUUCUGGCCUGGUCUCCGGAUCACUCGCCGGUUCGACAAAAGAUGUUAUAUGCUGCUACGAGGGCCACGCUGAAGAAAGAGUUUGGCGGCGGCCACAUUAAAGAGGAGAUUUUUGGCACAGUGAAGGACGACGUCUCUCUAAAUGGCUAUAAAAAGUACCUGAGCUCGCAGGCGGCGCCGCUGCCUUUGACUGCAGCAGAGGAGGAGCUGAGGCAGAUCAAACUCAAUGAGUUGCAGACAGACGUCCAUGUGGACACAAAGCAGCAGACUCUUCAGGGAGUGGCCUUCCCUAUGCAGAGAGAUGCUAUUCAGGCUCUGGAGCAGUUCAGGGACAAGAGGAUUAACUACGUUCAGCUGGAAAUAGAUUUUCCUAAUGAAUCCAUCAAAUUAUCUGGUACGGCUCCAACGGAUCUGAAAGAUCUGCCUAAAAGGAUCCCGAAAGAUGCUGCUAGGUAUCACUUUUUCCUCUACAAACACUCUCAUGAAGGAGACUACCUUGAGUCCACAGUGUUCAUCUACUCUAUGCCUGGUUAUAAAUGCAGCAUCAAGGAGAGAAUGCUGUAUUCAAGCUGCAAGAACCCUCUCAUAGACACUGUAGAGAGAAACUUGGGCAUUGAAAUUGCCAAAAAGCUGGAAAUCGACAACGGUGACGAACUAACCAGUGACUUUAUGUACGAAGAGGUUCACCCCAAACAACAUGCGCACAAGCAAGCUUUUGCCAAACCCAAGGGGCCAACAGGGAAAAGAGGAGGCCGUCGAAUCACACGGGCACCAGGGGACGGCGGCGACGAUGAUUAAAACCCUCUUCCUAUUCCACGACUGACACUUAGUCUAAUGAAUCCCGUCCUCAAGCCAAUCCCAUUUUUACCUUGACUCAUGUAGACCACAGCGCUAUAGACUGAUCUAUGCACAAAGUACAACACUAAGGCCUGUGAAAUGACACUUUGUAGCUUGCAAUAUGAAACGCUAGGUUGAAGAAAACAGAAGUACACUAGAAUGUAUUUUAAGAAGCUCCUGGUAAUAGUUUUACACUAUUACGCUGUUUACCUGCAUAUUAGCCAAUAGAGUGCAAUACUGAUGGAGAUCCUCCAUUUAGUGCUUAUAUUUUCCUUAAGAAAAACUUCAAAAAUGAAAUGCGUGUAAUCUAGUACAGGUAUAAACCGCACUUUCUGUGGUAGAUUUACAUUUUAGCAUUAAUAUUUGUCUGGGAAUUUGGUUUUAGUGUGAUUUGUGCUUGGAAAACAUGGACAGAAAGGUUCUUUUCUUGUGUUGAAGAAGGUCAGAUGUUUUAUGAGGCAUUAUUAAUCAACUUUGUGAUUGAUUCCAGGUAAAGAAAAAAAAUUUAAAGGGAUGAUUCAUCGAAGAAUUAAGGUUCUGUGACUCGCUCUUUGCUUGUUCAAUAGCUAAUGGUUUCUAAAACUUUUCAAAAUACCACGUUUAUAUAUAUAUAUAUAUAUAUAUAUAUAUAUAUAUAUAUAUAUAUAUAUAUAUAUAUAUAUAUAUAUAUAUAUAUAUAUGUAACAUCACAAAGAAGCUCACCUUUGGUCCCACCUGAGUGUGAGUUAAUUUUAAUUUUGGGAUGAACUAUCCCUUUAAAGAGUGACCAAAUAAAUCAAGUUCAACAGUAUCAGUAUUUUCGCAGCUUGUAUGGAUUAUUUCAAUGAAGGAUUUGCCAAGAAAAUUGUGCUGAAAACCCCUUUUAUAAUGUAUUAAUUAUUUGUUUUUUGAUUAUUAUAAUUUUUUUAAAGAAGAUUAAUUCUAGACAUUAUUAUGAUAGAAUCCAUCACAACACAAAACAAUCGCAUCUAUUUUCCACGUUCUGCUAGACUAAACCUGCAGAGAUGCUAUUUUUCUAAGCUGUUUGUCCAGACGAUAUUGUUGUCUCAACAUCUUCAGGGGUUUAUGACCAUCCUGUCUGUCUGAACCAAUGUUUUACAUGUCAACUAAUGGCCAGUCUCCAUUUCAAGCCAUCCGCAACCACACUAAUGCAUGAGUUCAGUUCACUUGGGAUGCUGUUGAAACCUCUCAUAAGGGAAGAGACUGUACGAACCUCCAUCCGCUGAUUCCCAACAGGCAAACCACUAUUGAUGUGUCUCCUAUGUAGGGGUCUUGUGAAGUCUGGAACAGAAUCAUUAUAGUCUUAAAUGUCUUUUUCUAUGCAUUGUAUAAGAAAGAGAGGGGAGAGAAAAAUAAAAAAGAUUUGAAGAGACCUUUA